AUGGAAACCAAAAAUAACGAAGAUUUCAUCACGAAACACCUACCUCUACUGGAUUUCAGCAACCGCUUCUUGGUUCCACCACACAGCCCAGGAGGAGGAGGCCUUGCCCUGUACUGGAAAACAGACGUUGACCUCCUGAUCACAUCCUCCUCCGACAACUUCAUUGAUGCAAAAAUCUCCUACAAAGAAAAAAUGUUUGUCACCACCUUUGUCUAUGGCGAACCAGAUAAUACAAAGAGAAAAGCAGUUUGGGAAGAACUUGCAAACAAAAAUGUUGAUAGAGACGUAUUGUGGUUCUUGAUGGGAGAUUUCAAUGACAUACUAGACUAUAGCGAGAAGACAGGAGGACCUCAGAAAGCAGUGGAUACUUUUGGAGACUUUAGAGCUUUCAUCUCGCACAAUGAUCUCUAUGAUGUGCCUCAUUCUGGAAACGCCUUAUCUUGGAGAGGGAUCUGA